CGUGACUGGCGAGAUACACAAAACAAACUCUCCCCCAAUACACCGCCUCUUGCUGGCUCUUACCUUCCAUUUAUGGACAAAAAACACCUCAAUUUACAACCAACCUUCACAGCCUCCAGAAGUCAAGUCUUUUUUACAACAACUUAUAAACCAUAACUCUGGUCCCCCUUCUCCUUACCAUCAAAACAAUUCCUAUAUAAAUACUCCUCCCAAUGCGUCCUUGAUUCCAUAAAAAAAUUUCUAUCACUUUUUGCUUUUCUUUCUUUUUUUUUUUGCCCCCUUUGAGGUUUCAAUUUUCUCUUAAAUAACCCCUUCUUUGGCCUAGCAAAGCCAAGUAAGAUACAUAUGGCUGGAUCAAUUAGCCAGUCUUGCUAUACAAACGCUUCAUCAUUUGAGCACUCACAGAAGAACCAAUCCUUGGGUUCAAAACAUCAUUUGUCGACAUUUCCCUUAAACCAAAUAGCUCUAAGAAAAUGUGAAAGUUUUGGGUCAGUUUGCUUACCUACGAGGAAGCCUUUGUAUAUUUCAGCCGUUAGCAAUUUUGGUUACAUUGAUGAACCGAAGAAGGAAUCAACCAAAACCCGUGAAUCGUUAGUCCAAUGCAAUGCUUAUGAAGCUCAUCGAUCGCAGCCCAUUGUGCCGAUUAGUAUCGAAUUCGACCAGGAGGCUCGAGAAGCUGCAGCUCAGAAGCUGAAGAUUGGGUUGUACUUUGCCACUUGGUGGAGUUUGAAUGUUGUUUUCAAUAUUUACAACAAGAAAGUCCUCAAUGCCUUCCCGUUUCCAUGGCUUACUUCGACUCUGUCCUUGGCUGCUGGUUCUCUGUUGAUGUUAGUUUCAUGGGCUACAAGAAUUGCUGAAGCCCCAAAGACUGAUCUUGAGUUCUGGAAAACUUUAUUGCCAGUUGCCAUCGCUCACACAAUUGGUCAUGUAGCAGCAACAGUGAGCAUGUCAAAAGUUGCGGUUUCAUUUACUCACAUUAUCAAGAGUGGUGAGCCUGCUUUCAGUGUUUUGGUCUCCAGAUUUUUGCUAGGAGAAGCUUUUCCUCUGCCUGUUUACCUAUCACUUGUGCCGAUUAUCGGAGGCUGUGCACUUUCUGCUGUUACAGAGCUCAAUUUCAAUAUGACUGGUUUCAUGGGAGCUAUGAUCUCAAACUUGGCAUUUGUGUUUAGGAACAUAUUCUCAAAGAAAGGAAUGAGUGGGAAAUCAGUAGGAGGAAUGAACUAUUAUGCUUGCCUUUCAAUGUUGUCUCUGUUGAUUCUCACCCCUUUUGCCAUUGCUGUGGAGGGUCCUCAAUUGUGGGCUGUUGGAUGGCAGAAAGCAGUUUCUCAGAUUGGACCUAAUUUUGUUUGGUUAGUUCAAUACCAUGAUCAAUAUGUUCUUUUUCCUUUGAUGAAACUCUUUCAAUUUCUAUGGUUUUCUUAGUACUUAAAAGGUGUGUUUUUUUUCUCAGGUGGGUUGUAGCUCAAAGUGUGUUCUACCACCUCUACAAUCAAGUUUCCUACAUGUCACUCAAUGAAAUUUCACCACUAACCUUUAGUGUUGGAAACACCAUGAAGAGGAUAUCUGUUAUAGUUUCUUCCAUUAUCAUCUUCCACACACCAAUUCAACCAGUUAAUGCCCUUGGAGCCGCCAUUGCUAUACUUGGGACAUUCCUCUACUCACAGGUAAUUAUAUUAACUUUUUUAUCAUCUUAGUUCCUAUGUACAUUCACAGAUCAAAUGAGGAAAACAAUCUAACUCGAUUCAUGAUUCUACUGAUUCAGGCUAAGCAGUAAGUGAAGGGACAGUAGAGAUGUUUCAACCAGGCACAAAAAUGGAUGACGGGAGUAUUUGAAGAAAUAGAAGGGCCAUAUCGGAAGCUAAAAGGGGCACCUGAAAAGUGCUGGAGGGGAGAAGGGUUAUGUAUGUAACUGCAUGAAAGACAGCAGUUAUUAAGUAAAUUUUGAUCUAAUCAUGUUCUUACUUGAUUCUUAGCUAGACGGGUUUCAAGAAAUGGUAUGCAAGAGAGAUCUGUUAGUUCUUCUUAGCAUUGAUAAAUAUUUGGAAAUGUAAAAUUUAGUGUUGAUAUUCAUCUUCGUGUAAUGGAAUAAAAAGAAUGUCAAGUAUCAAAAGCUUGUGUUGCCUCAAUAUAUAACUCAAGUUGAUAUAGAAUGUUAGACAGGAAUCAACAACUAACUCCAAUUUGCAUCGCC